AUGGAGUUCGGUCGAAGGGCGCGCGCGGGUCGACGGGGCGACCCCGAACCCUCGGGGCCCGCGCGGUCCUCCGGGGACGGGCAGCUCGAUUACCUCGACCCCGACCUCCUCGGCGGGGACUCGCCGGGCACCCCCGAGGACCGUUCGCCGCGCGCAAAGUCCAGGGGCGGGACCCCGCGGAAAGCCCAGGUGGGCUCCAUCGCGGACGACUUCGACGAGGACACCGACGACGAGGGCGCCGCCCCGCCGAGUCGCGGGCUCGACGCCGCGGGAGGAUGGGGCGACGAGGGCGGCGGCGGGGGAGGACGCGGCGGGCAGACGGGGCGACGACCCGACCCGCGCGGAUCGACCCGAGGCGGAUUCUUCGACGAGGACGAAAACGACGACGCACCGCCGCGGCUCGAGGGGCGGCGGCAGGCGACGGGCGCGAUGUCCCCGCCGCCCCGGCAGCGCCCGGGUGGCAUCGCCGCGGACUUCGACGACGAAUCCCCGGCGCGACCCGCGCUCAGCGGCGUGUCCCGGCGCAAAGCCAGGGAGAUGGAGGAGGACGAUUCGUACAUGAUGGUGGACCAGUUCGCCGACCUCGCGGUGCGAGGAGGCGCGCGGGGUUCGCCGGACCCGUCCACUCGAUCGGGAAGACGAAUCGACCCCAACGGCGAGCCCAACCGCGGGCCCCACGAUUGGGACGGGGGAGUCGAAACCGCCGUCGACGACAUCGCGUCCAUCCCGGACGCCGAGUUCGAACAAAACCAAAACCAACCCGGGCCCCAAUCGGAGGUGGCGGACGUGCCCCGCGGGUACGUGAACCGUCGUUCGCGGUUCGUGAUGCCGGACGACCUGGCGAAGGAGGCGCCCGAGAGGUUCGAACCCGCGCGCGAAGAGUACCGGCGAGAGGGCCGCGACGACUUGGACGAUGAGAUUGACCUGUCUCCUCUUUUAGCUCAGCUCUUGUCGCGGGAGGAGGCGUUUGCGGAGGAUCCCGACGAGGUGUGGACCGCGGACUCGCUGUGGGCGGAGAUUCGCGGUGUGUUGCAGGCCGAGGCGGACGAGAAGGCGCGGGCGGAGGAGGAACUGGAGAAGCUGGAGAGGGAACGAGAGAAGAUUUGA